AUGUCUUAUUCACCACCCGACUCCGCCAAACCCUUCACCCUUGAUGUCUCUGACCAAGACAUCUCGGAAUGGCGUCAACUCCUCCAGCUCUCCAAGCUGGCACCUGAAACUUGGGAAGGGCGACAGGAAGACCGCCGCUUUGGCGUGUCCCGCAAGUGGCUGUCCGAUGCAAAGGACUACUGGCUGAACAAGUACGACUGGCGCGCGCAGGAAAAACACAUCAACUCGUUCCCGAACUACAAGAUGCAAAUCGAGGACGUCGAUAUGCAUUUUGUCGCUCUUUUCUCUGAGAAGAAAGAUGCCAUCCCCAUCAUCUUCAUGCACGGGUGGCCAGGAAGUUUCCUCGAAUUUCUGCCUAUGUUGACGUUGAUCAAGGAGAAGUAUUCAGCCAAGGACCUACCAUACCACAUCGUCGUGCCCUCACUGCCCGGGUACACCCUGAGUACCGUGCAGUCGGUAGACAAGGAAUGGACUCUGGCAGACAGCAGUCGCGUCAUGAACCAGCUGAUGCUGAAUCUGGGCUUCAACAAGUACCUCGCCCAGGGAGGAGACGUUGGCAGCUUUACGGCGCAAAUGAUGAGCCAAUUGUACGACUCCUGUGUAGCAUUGCAUUUGAACCUGAUAAGUGGUCUUCCUAAGCCGGACGAGAACACUCCUUUGAAUGAGGUAGAGAAGAAAUCCCUCGGUUACGCAAAGGAAUGGGCAACUAGCGGAACGGCCUACGCUCAGGAGCAUGGCUCGAGACCCAGUACGAUUGGGAAUGUGUUGGCAUCGAGCCCGCUCGCACUCCUUGCAUGGAUCGGUGAGAAGUUUCUUGAAUGGAGCGAUGAGGACCCGUCCCUCGACGAGACGCUCACCAAUGUGUCACUUUACUGGUUCACCGAAAGCUUUGCUCGUUCUAUCUAUCCCUAUCGCGCGCUCUUUGGAUCGGGUGCUAGGGACAUCGGCGCGCCUAAGAAGCCACUCGGUUUCUCGUUCUUCCCACGAGAACUGGCCCCAGGCAUCAAGAGCAUCUUGGAGAAAGAAACAAACUUGGUAUUCUAUAAGCAGCACGAAAGCGGUGGACAUUUUGCUGCUCUGGAAAAACCGAAAGAGCUCUGGCAGGAUGUUGAGGAGUUUGCCGGCAAGGUUUGGAAGGUAUGA